UUUUUUCCCCUCAAAGAGAUGCCCUUUCAGUUAGGUGUUCCUCAAAAUCGAGUGUUUCCACCACUUGGUCAGUGUCACCAAGGAUGACGGCAGACGCUCCAAGACGACAUGCCUCAUGUUGUACAGUUGCGGUUGUCUUGCUUUUGUGCUCCCUCGUCCCGGGUUUCAUCUGUUUUCCAUGGAAGGCACUCGGUGAUGAGCUCGGAAUAAGGAGUGGUAAGAUUCUCUUCAAUGGGAAUGAGCUUAACCCUCGCCAAAGCUCAUCUUUGUCAGAAUCUGAUGAUUCAGGAAUGUGGGAGCAGAGUUCAUCUGAGCUCAAGGAAGUUGAAGCAGAAUGGCGGCGCACAGAGCCGAUGUUGCAAUGUGGCCCAUUAAAGAUGAUAUUUAAAGUCACUGGAAUUGGAGCUGCAAACUUGGAGCUUGACCUAGGUGCUGGUAGGAAACAACCAUUGAAUGAGGUGCCGGAAUCUUGUGGCUAUUCACUUCAUCAGAAUGCGCGUGGACUCGUUUUGGUGGUUCCUUAUCGUGGCUGCAAUGUGAUAAAAGAUAAUGGCUAUUAUGUACUGCCAAUGAGAUUCCUGGAGACUUCAAUUACACUCGCCUGCUCAAUUCAUCCCACCUUGACCCCCAAGCAACAAAUGCCUGAAAUUCCCCAAAACGUGGACCGCCCUAAGCGUGAGCUGGGCAAGGACUCACCCAGCAUUGAUCCCUACUUACACUAUUUAAAGUACCUCUACUACUUGCACAUUAUAAACAAUCCCCACAUGUAUCCUUAUGUACAACAGGUUUACAAUCCCCUCUACCAACAACACUCAGACCCUCAUUCUCAGUCCUAUCCCUAUCUUCCAGUGCAUUAUCCAGUCUAUGUGCACUAUGAACAGAACCCGGCAGCUCCCUAUUGCUACCCACCUGGAGCGCUUUGUCCUUUACCUCUUUACUUCAAUCGAAAACCAAUUCACUUGGAUGAAAAUCCCCGUAAGUCUCCCCCAUUCUCGGGAACAACAUUGCCUCCUGCCGAAGUGCCGACUCCUCCUACAACGCCCCCUACGCCAACCCUCUUUCUUCCCACUAAGAAACCCUUUAAACGUACCGUAACCUCUGCACCUCAAACUACUACUACUACCACCACCACUACAACAACUAAACGACGGUGUAGACCCAGAACCCCGCCUCAGGAUAAGAACUUCACACCUUACAGCAGCAAUCCCUUUGCACAAGAGAUUUUGUACAAUGAAGGCGGGCCGAGUCUUGUCAAACCCAAAAGCGCACCUCACACUGGCUACAAUUCCGAACCAUUUCUAAAUUAUCAGUACUGGCAACAUCAGCGCUGGUUUCCCCAGGAGGAAGAUGAAUACUUUGACUGGGAUGAUCCUGAAUCUUAGAAACUGGGGUUAUCGUGU